AUGAUAUUUAAAUUGAAUGAUUAUAACGCAUUUUUAACUUCCUUGUUUGAUAAAAAUAAUGAACAAUUACAAAGACACCAAUCUCAUCAAUUACAAAAUUAUAAUCAAUCACAGAAUUCUAAUACAAUAAUGACUUUUGCAAAUAAUAAUAAUAAUAAUAACAGAAACAACAGUAAUAUAAAUUCAGAAAUUGCUGAUGAUGAGAAUAACACUAAUAAUGGUAACACAUAUCAUCAAAAUGGAGGAUUCCCAGUAGAUUUUGAUUUUGGUUUAGCUCCUCCUCCAUUUAUUGCUGAUUUACCACACAAUAACACCAACAAUGGUAAUGGUAAUUCUAAUAAUUCAAAAUAUUACAGUUUACCAUUGAGUGAAACAACAACUACAUCUAAUAGGUAUAAUAAUAUUGAUUAUGAAUUGCCUAGUAAUACUGAAUUUAUCGCUGAAAUUGGUGCUUAUGUUAAAGAUUCCAAACUGAACAACAAUGACAACAAUAGGACAGAAAAUCUCCAAUCAAAAAAUUCGAGUAAUAACACCAAUAAUUCAAAUCAAAGAAAUACUACUACACCUACUAAACAAAAUAAUAGUAAUAACGAUAAUGUUGUUGUUAAUGAUAUUGAUCAAUUUUCACGAUUUAAUGAAUUUGGAUCAAAUUUAGGAGAUCCAAUGAUAUUAGAACAAGAUGAACAAAUGAAUAAUUCUGACAAUCCCAUGAUAUUUAAUUUAAACGAUCAAAUGGGGAAUAAUUUCAAUAAUGAGCUUAACAGAAGCUCGCAAUAUUCUAAUUAUCAACAACAGCAACAACAACAGCAAGUUUCUCAAGGUCAAAUAUUUCAAGAUCAAGUGAGUCCUCAUUCAAGAAUGAGUAAUAUUCCUCAACCAAUAUCUGAUCAUCAAAGAAUAAAAUCUAAUAAUCAUGAAUAUAAUUCGAAUUUACAAUCACCAAUGUCUAUAGAAACUGCCCCAUCAACAUCAACAACUACUACUAAUUUCAAUAAAAAUACUGCUCCAAAAACAGGUAAGAAAAGUCGAAAUUCAAUAAAACGAUCAUCAUCAUCUUCUGGUUCUUCUUCGGUAUUAGAUUAUCAAAAUUCAAAAUCAUUAACUGAACAAGCAUCACAGAUAACAUUUGGUGGCAUUACUUCAGGUUCACAACAAGGAAAACCAAUCAAUACUCCAAUUACUACUGGUACUACCACCACCACCACAGCUACAUCCUCAUCAAGUAAUUCUAAUUCUAUGAUACAAGGAUCAUCUCCAAUAUCUCCAUUAAAUAUACAUAACAGUCCUUUGACGACUACCGCCACCACAAGCACAUCCAAUUCUGCUCCAACUAAGACUAGAGGUCGGAAAAUCAAAAUUGAACCAUCAUCUUCUUCAUCAACUACAUCAACAAUUAUUAAUGAACCAACAAAUAUGAUAAAUCAUAAUCCUCAUCCAGGAAGACCAAGAAUUAAAUCAGCUCAUAAUGUAAUUGAACAACGAUAUCGAAAUAAAAUUAAUGAUAAAUUUAAUGCUUUACAAAAUUCUGUUCCGACAUUAAGAAUAUUAGCCCAAAAAAAGCAACGAGAGAAAUUAUUAAUGCAACAACAUCAUAAUCAUCAACAACAACAAAGACGUCAUAGUAGUAGUACUCUUAAUGGUGGUAAGAAUCCAGAAUAUGAUUCUUCAGAUGAUGAAAUGAUUAAUAUUAAUAAAGGACUAAUUAUGAAUAAUGUUGGUGGUGGUGGUAAUAAUUAUAAUGUUGAUCAAUUAGGAAUAUUACAAAAUUCAUCAAAUCAAUUAAAACAAUCGGAAGAGUAUGAUGAUGAAUUUGAUGGAUUAAUGGAGAUAGAAGAAGCAGAUCAAGAAGAUCAAGAAGCAGGUGGGGAAGAAGAGGAAGAAGUUAUUGAUUUAGAAGGAUUAGAACCAGCAAGAAAAUUGAAUAAAGGAACAAUAUUAGCUAAAUCUAUUGAAUAUAUUAAAUUUUUAGAAAUGAAAAAUGAAAGAAUGAAACAAGAACAUGAUGAAUUGGUAUUAAAGGCAAGAAUGUUAGGUUUAGUUAUUGAUGAAGAUAUGUAG